AUGCAUCGGGCAUUCCCAAUCCUAGAACCUUCUAUAGUUCAGUUAAUUGUUGACGAAUCGGGUGAGGGGGGCAUAAGCGAUGCGGUGAAAACCCUCAGCAGCCUUGCGGCAGAUGCGGAAACGGAGGCUGCAAGCAGCAGUUCUCCCCAAGGAUCCAUACAUCCGAUGGCGAAGCAGUUGGGGAGUCCGUCUAGCAACUGUGUGGAUGACAACGUUGCUAUGGACAUGGCAAUUGCUGCAUCUUUGGCGGAUCAGAAGGUGCAGCGUUCAGUCAGCAACGAAAGGUUGCAGGUAGAGACCGCGGACAGUGGAUGCUGGGAUGCUGAGAGUGGGUGGGAGACUAUCGAUCCAGCAGUCGCAGCUGAGUGGGGGGCCCCUCCCCCCCUUGUUCAGAGCAACACGAUUAGCACUGGUUCUGGACUGGGUUUCUGGGACGACAUACCAGUCCAAUCGACUGCACCUGUUCCUAGAGGGACCGAGAUGCCUCCAGCUCAGUCAGAGGGAUCUUUGGUUGCUAGUUGGGGUACAGAUUGGACACCGCCUGAGACUGCCUCCCGUGAAGACUCCCCAAAGGCGUUGAAUGAGCAAGAAGCAGCGAAGGAGCCAGGUGCGCAAGCAAUGGCAGCAAUUCUCGGCGAAAAUUGGGCCAAAGAGCCCCUGUGGAACUCAUCCGCGGGGUAUGGUGACUUGACAGUUGAGAAUAGGGAUCCAGCACUGGGGCGGUCAACAUUGCAGGCUGUCAAAGGCAAGACAACACUGAGACCUUAUGCCCCGAGAAUCGCAAUAGGGGCAGGUAAAGAAGAAGGCAAGAGGCCUUACAGUCCAAAGGUCCUUAUUGAUAGAAUAGUUUUGGAGACGAACGCAGUAGCAACUCAUGACCCACCCAAGGAGUCGCUUAGCAAAUCGACAGAGACGUUUGAAACAAUCAGAAGUGAUCUUCCAGAGGAUGGUGAGGCAGAAGUUCUCAGGCAGCUGAAAGCCAUGUUUCCAGACGUUGCAGACAGUGUCAUCUGCAAAGCAUACAUAGAUUCAGAGUCAGAUGCCAACAAAGCUGCAGAAGCCCUCUGUCAAACAAAGGAAGCUACGUUGAAUACGAUAGAAGGCACAGCAGCAUUAAAAGAUUGCUCAACUUUCGCUCCUAUCUCCUGGGAAGGCAAGCCACCUUCUUCAGGCAAGCCAGAAAAGUCUUUAGACUCUUUCCAGGAUAAUCUGCUGCAUGAUAAGGGUGCAAAUCCUGAUCCUGGUCCGAAACACAACCUAGUCCCCUCGCGCCAACAUCCCAACCCGUUCACAGAGGAUGAUUCCGAUUCAGAGCACCCGACAGCCUCUCGAGGUCAGCUAGUCUCACCUAUGACCGCCACCAGCAGCUCUCGUGGCACGUCACCUCUCAGUAGUUCGGUGACAAGUCCUGCCACCAGCCCCAGAUCCCGGAAGAAGGGCAAGAAAGAUGUUAGGCGGGUGACAGGGACGACAAGCAGCAGCAGCAGCAGCGAUGAUGAGGCAAAGAAUACCAGGAGGGACAUGGUGGACUUCAUGGUGUCAAUGCUGGGGGGAAGUGUGCCUGUGGCCGUGGUGGCAGACGUCAUAGAAAACCUGAAAGGGGACUUUCAGCAAAGUAUGAAGUGUCUACUCAGCAUGUCUGCUGGAUCUGAGGGGGGCCUGAUCGGGGAGGAGUUUGGCGCGAUGGUGGACGGUUCAGAUGGGGCUGGGGAUCUUUCUGAGAGUCCAAGUAGGCCCAGCUCAGAUGGCGAAGAGGAGGAUCCAGGGACAACUCUUUUGAACAUUUUCGGAGCUGACAAGAAAGAAACGAUUCAUCAAGUUCUGAAGGAGAAAGGCGGGAACGUUGGAGAUGCGGCGACGGUCCUGAUGGCCAUGUUCGAGUCCGAGACGGGAGCAAGCAGUGGAGAUGACCUUGCAAGAUUGCAGCUUGUGGAGGAUGAACCCGUCGUAGAAGAGGAUGAUUCGGAAGAUCCUACUAAAAUCAACGUGGAGCAGCUGAUGGCCCACUUUCCCCUUGCGGACAAAAGUGCAGUACGGUCGCUUCUUCGCAUCAACAACAACUCUUUUGAGGACACUGCCAAGAUGCUGUACGACAGUGGCCUCAUGCCCCGGGGCCUGGACGUCGCCUCCCUUUCCGACCACCAAGCGGCCCAGCCAACGUACGCGGAGCGUAGCGAGCGCAGCCACUUUAGCCAACACCAACCUUUCCAAAUCGGCUCUCUAGUUGCUGGUACGCGAGCUCGGCCGGUGACGCCUCCUUACGGCAGCGGCACCAAACCGCCUGGGGGGUACUACGAAGAACCUAGCUUCCACCAGCCGCGGGCCCACCUUCAACCCUUGUUCAGAUCUGAAGAGUUUCCGGAGAUUGGCAGGGAGAUGCCUGUUUUCAGCGAAGCCCCGGACGACAGAGCACCUGUCCAAGAGAGCCACAACUCCCUCUUCCUCAAAAACCGUUCUGCCACCAACAAGCACUGGAGGGCCUGUCAGUACUAUUUCGCUGAGGCUGCCAGGGCCAGGGCCAACCGGGAGUUUAGUCGCGCUGAGGCCCUCAAAGAACAGGGCCGGAAGCACAAGCGGCUGGCUGAGGCUGCCAACCAGGUGGCCAGUAGCAAAAUCUUCUCCGAAAAGAACAAGACCAUCCGGAACUCGGUCAAGAUCGACGUGCACGGGCAGCUGGUGCAGGAAGCGCUUGGGCAUGUUGACGACCACCUCAAAAGCCUUUCAAACCUCACAACCAUUUCGUAUCUGAGCAUCAUCACUGGGAGGGGCCUGCACAGCGAGAACGGCAAGGCGAAGAUUCUGCCAGCCGUACAGAAGUACUUGCGGGAGAGGGGCUACACGUUCUAUCAGGAGAACCCCGGGUGCAUAGUGGUGGACUUGAAAGCUGAACGGCAAGUACCGAACAGUCUUUCAAGUGCAGAAGACGCGGAUAGUCGACCUUCUAGUGCUGAAAGCUACGAGGAAAGGCCAGGUCGCCUCGAAGGAGCGGGUAACGGGCAGGCUUCUUACAGGAAGUUGAACCUGGCUUGAGUUCGCACUCUUUCUGCGACCAAGGUAUUGAGUUCCUAGGUACGAAUAGAUAGCACGAGGUUCUAUUUCAUUGUAAUUAGAGCAGUUGAUGGCACAGGUGCUCCAUGGCGGUUCGGUUCAUCGAUGGUGCGCAACUCUUUGGUACAAGGCUCGCUCGUGUUUUGAAUCGGUUGUCAAUUGCUC